UAUUAUGUUGCCAACAUGUCGGGUCCGACCCGACCCGACCAUAUGUACAUAUAUACUCUAUACAUAUUCUACUCAGUCCUUUUGAGUCCAAAGAGAACCCUAAAGCCGCCGCAGCAGUCCUCUGAAUCUCUGAUCCUCCCUCCCAUACACCUCUCUCUCUCUCUCUCUUUAACAGAAGAACCUCCGGCUCCAAUCCAUCAUCCAUGGCUGCUCCUCCACCUCUUCCCCUGCUCUCCACCCUUACCCUCUCUUCUCACAGCUUCUCCGCCGCCGACCCACCGUCCACGGCCACCUGCCCACCGCCAUCGCCUUGCCGUUUUGUCAUGGCAAUGCUGGUGGACGAAGGACAAAUUAUGUGGCCAACGGAGGACGAUCGCAAUAUCGGAGCGCAACACGGAAAAUGUCCUAGAAAAUACGGACACUCCGUUUGAUUGUUAUUGGAGUGUCCAAUGCAUCAUUCAAUGCACACUCGACAAGCACCUUUGGCAUGUACUAUUAAAACUAUCCCAAAAGGAAAAAACAAGUUACAACGAACUUUUCUUGUUUAUCUCGUCGAAUGAGAGAGACAUUCGUCUUUUCAGCAGAAAUCUAGCCAACAAUUCCAAGUGUUCCCUCAACAAUCUAAUUGAAGCACCUGCAUUUUGGGAGCUGAACAUCUAG